ACCAUUAUGGUUCAGUCAUGAUCUCGCAUCGUCGCAUUAAACGUUAAUUUGUUUAGUUUUUUUUUUCUAAAUUAUUUCGAGAAUUUAUUUUGUUUUUGACGCGCCGUCCCACUGUGUUUAUUUCAAGUUGGUUUAUCGGUUUUUUAAUUUUUUUUUUAAAUUUUGGCUCGUGUAUCGUCAAGUUUCAUAAAUUCUUCUUGAUCUAUAAAGAAACCAUGUUGAAACCCUAAUACGAGAUCGCGGCAUGGCUCUAUUAAACUACACGUCGCCCUUCACGGCCACCCCCAGCCCCCUAACCCACUACUAUCAGCCGCAACCGCCUCCCACGCAUCAGCUGCCGCCCUAUCAAGUGCCGCCCCGCACUUCGUACUCCUACCCGCCGCCCCAGAAGCCGUUUCUCAGCGAGGAUUAUGCGCAUCAACGGUCGCCCUACGGACCGUAUCAGCCGCCCCAAAAUCAACAACAACAACAACAAGAAAAUGUGCAGUUUACGCGAGUGACGGACGACGGGGCGAAAACGAAAGUGCACGCGGUGAUUGAUUAUGAUUAUGACGAUGACGAGGAGGAGUUGGGCGGCGCGGUGCCGCCCCCGGUGACCCCCAUUCAGGGGCCGAUUUUUAUUAAGAACGGUUCGGUGCCGGUGGUGCCCUUGUACUCGCAUCCCGUGUUGAAUAAUGGGAGUUUUGUUCAGAUUCCGAUCUUAUGGACAGCCUUAUCAGUAGCUUUAGGUUUAGAAUUAAAAGGUGAAUACAUCCGUGGAGUUCCUUGUAUAAAGCGCCAUCAGCAACUGUUCUGCCCUAAGGCAGGAAACUCAUACCCUUUAGAUAGGAUAGAGCUGUUCAUAGACGAAAACAAAGCAUUAAUGAAACGAAUGUACGGGGAGUUCACUGUGCCGGACUUAGAAGACGGUCCACCAUCGGUGGGUACGAAACAGAAACGUUCAAUAAAACCGGGGGUGCCCGAUUUGCACUUCGAACCGGGGCCAAACCCCGAAUCCGCCACAGAGAAGUCUCACAAGAGGAAAACGCGACAGAACUUUAAAAAUAUGAACUUUAAUAUUGGGAAAAAUAACGAAAGUGGCCGGGUGGACGCGUGCGAGAGCAAACUGGAAAUUGUCACACCCUAUUGGGCUUCCAAUUCAGCCGGGAAGGUCAGGGCCAUUGUGAAUACUCAGCACUUCGAGCAGGCGAUACACCAAGAAGUUUGUGCAAAUACUUCGACAAAAAGAUGCACUGGAGACUGCGGGUGCGAGCAGAAGUACAAGUGGCAUCGUCUGCUCGCUUACGAUCCAGACAACGACUGUAAGGGCAUUUUCAUGGAUUGGUUCCUAUUUCCGUCUUGCUGCGUCUGUCGGUGUAACCCGUGACGUCACUGACCAAAAACAGGCGCCAUCUGUUGUUAGCGCGGAACGUAUAUGUACAUCUACAUAGAUUUCUGGCCUCCGAAGUUUCAAAUAUUAAAAAAUUUUAAUGGUGCAAUGUGUAAACGUCUGUGAUUUUUAAGACAUUUUGUACCAUCUAACUUAACUUUUUUUUAACAAUCGGCAACGUCGUCACGUGCUCUUGUCAACUGUCGAUCCUGUGACGUUUGACACAAGUGACAGAUUGAAUCAAUCAACUGUUUUUUAAUAUAUUUUAAAAGUAGAGAACAUGUGAUAAAUAUUAAUCCCUAGAAUGUAAUAAUUAUUGUAAGUGACGACUCAAUUAAUUUAAUUUUUGAAGAUUUAAAGAAUGAACACUUAGGACCGCCCUGUAGCCGUACAGCCGUCUAACCGGUCCACUUUUACCGCUAAAAGAAAGCCAAUUUAAAUGUAUAUUAAGUUACCAUUUAGUGAAAUUUCUAUAUAAAGUUAAUUUAAUGUUAAUAUAAACGUAAUUCGUUGUGCAAUAAUCUCCGUUUUGUAUAUUAUGUCGCAUCGUAGUUUUAGGUUGAAAAAAAACUGCUGCCAUCUGAUUUUUUCGUAAUUUUAAUAUUGUAAUAAAUUAUUUUGCAUAA